AUGCGCACCUCAGACACAACGCGUUGGAUCGGUUGGUAUGUCAGACGAUGGCCACGGCUGGACGCCAUCGUAGAUUUCUGCUUUGCGUCAGGCUGA